GAGUCACAAGUGCACCCUAACCCCUAAACUUAUGUCUAUACUUUAUAGUGUGCCUCGUAUUGUGUAUUACACGUGGAUGACAGCGAAGAGAGUUGCUUCUUUCUAAAAGUUAUUUUUGUAAUUGGUUUUUCUUUUAAAAAUGUCAUUUUUUAUAAGAAGUAAUAAGCGAAGUAAUGAACCACGGAAACGCAAACUUAAUGGCCAUCUUAUCAAGACAUCCAUAACUCAAUCUUUAGUAAAGAAAUCAAGAAAAGCAAAGAGGUUUUUACCUAAUGACAAUGAAAGUAUUGCUAGUACAGAUGAAGAAUUUUUUGCUGAGGAAAAUCUAAAAAAUGAAAGGCAAAAAUACAAUAGUGGAACUGAAGAAGAAGAAGAAACUAUACAAGAAAAACGUUUAAGGCUUGCAAAAAAAUAUCUUCAAGAAAUCGAAGAAAAAGAAAAAGAUAAAGCCGAGUUUGAAGAGAAUGCAGUUUCACGGAGGUUACAAGAAGAAUAUUUAGAAGAAAAAGGCCGAUUAAGAAAAACUAUUGCUGCUAAUUUUAUUGGUCACAACAAUCUUAUUAUAUUGAAAUGCAAAGAGCAUAAAUCUUCUAUUACUUGCAUUUGCCUUUCUAGUGAUGGCAGUAUACUGUAUUCAGGAUCUAAAGAUGGUAGUUUAGUUAAAUGGUCAGUCAAAGAAAAGAUCAAGUUAAAAGUUGUUAAAGGAAACAGGAACGGAAAAAAGAAAGGGCAGUCAAAAGAUGAAUUCAAAUUUAUUCGGUGUUUGGCAAUUAGUACAGACGGAAAAUUUCUGGUAGUAGGAGAUAAUGGGAGUAAAGAUAUAAAAGUACUUUGUGGCAAUACUCUUGAUCAUAUAAAAAAUUUGCAAGGUCAUAGGGACGUUAUAUCCGGUUUAAUAUUCCGGAAAGAUACUUACACAUUGUAUUCUGCAUCUGAAGAUAGAAGCGUAAAAGUGUGGAAUCUAAACGACAUGGCUUACGUUGAAUCUUUGUUCGGACAUCAGAGCCCAAUCACGUCAAUCGAUACUCUUUCGCGAGAACGCGCUAUCACGAGCGGUGGUUACGACGGCAGUAUUAGGAUAUGGAAGAUAGUUGAAGAGUCGCAAUUAAUAUUUAACGGACAUACUCUCGGUUAUAGUAUUGAUGCGGUUAAGCUUAUCAAUGAAGAAAAUUUCUUUAGUAGCGGGCAAGACGGACAGCUUUGCGUUUGGGGAUGUUUGAAAAAAAAGCCAUUGUGCACGGUGUCACAGGCGCAUGGAAAAAAUGAAAUCAAUGAUCAACCAAUGUGGAUUUCGAGCAUCGCGACAUUGUUGAAUACAGAUCUAGUGGCGUCAGGAUCGCACAACGGGGUCGUUAAAUUAUGGCAAUGCGGAGAAAACUUUAGAUCUUUAAAUCUGUUGUUUGAAGUUAAGCUAACAGGUUUUAUAAAUGCGCUUACUUUUACACCCGAUGGAAAUCACCUCAUUGCAGGUGUAGGUAAAGAACAUAAAAAUGGUAAUUGGUGGCGAAUACCGGAAGCAAGAAAUACUAUUGUUAUUAUACCAUUAGUACGAAAAUAAAUGUUACCACAACAUUUCAAUUGUUGAUGUGUGUUUUAUAAUAGAAAUACUAAUAAAGAUAACAAUUUUUCUUAUGAUUUGAUCAGAAAUUGUAAUUUUAAGUUGUUUUAUAAAUUUUAUAAAGACAGAUGCUCUUUUUUAUAUAUAGGAUGUUCGGUAAUUGCUGUAACACCGCUUAUAGACAGGUUGAAAGAAUAUAUAAAUUUAACAAUAAUUAUAAUUGUGAUAAGGGCUAUUGGAACCGUUAAGCAGGAUGUUAUGCCGUAAAUAAAUGUAU